UUUUUGAGAGGCGUUGCCGCACACCGACUUCUCCAGGCUUACAUACCCGCAACUGCUCACACAUUUUCAUAGAUUGCGCACUCUGCCGUAGCGUACAGAAUACUAAUCGUCAGAGUUAAAGAUAUUCCAAGAAAUAAAGAUUUUGCCAUGGCCAACUACAUUCACGUACCCGACGAGGCUCCAGCUGUGCCCAAAAUAGAUGUGACAGUUGACGAGAGCGACUACAGAUCCGGUGCACUGAAUCUUAUCAAGGAGCUGAGACCGAGCUGGAAACCAUCAGAGGUCAAAGUGAAGUUUUUCACAGAUGGAAUAACCAAUAAGCUGCUGGGCUGCUAUGUGGGUGCAGUCAUGCAGAAUGUGGUUCUGGUCCGUAUUUAUGGCAACAAAACAGAACUGUUGGUUGACCGGGAAAAUGAGGUGAAAAGUUUCAGGGUACUACAUGCACACCGCUGUGCCCCACGCCUAUACUGUACCUUCAACAAUGGCCUGUGUUAUGAAUUUCUGCAAGGAACUGCCCUGGAGCCUGAGCACAUUCGCAGCCAGCCCGUUUACAGGCUCAUUGCCAGGCAGCUGGCCAAGUACCAUGCCAUCCAUGCCCACAAUGGCUGGGUGCCCCAGUCUGACCUGUGGCUGAAGAUGGGCAAGUACUUUGCUCUCAUCCCCAAGUACUUAAAGGACCCUGAGCAGAACGCUAGGUUGAGUACGGAGGUGCCCAGCUUACAGUGCCUCCGAGAAGAGCUGGUGUGGCUCCAGCAGAGCUUGUCUGUGCUGGGCUCCCCCGUAGUUCUCUGCCACAACGACCUGCUCUGCAAAAACAUCAUUUAUAACCAGGAGGCAGGCAAUGUAAAGUUCAUUGACUACGAGUAUGCUGGGUACAAUUACCAAGCCUACGACAUUGGGAACCAUUUCAAUGAGUUUGCUGGCCUGAAUGAGGUGGAUUAUAGUCACUACCCCGAUCGGUCCUUUCAGCUGCAGUGGAUCCGCUCCUACCUGGAGGCCUAUAAGGAGCACAAAGACCAGAGCAGUGAAGUGACUGACAGCGAGGUGGAGAUUCUUUAUGUCCAAGUCAACCGAUUUGCCCUGGCAUCUCAUUUCUUCUGGGGUCUCUGGGCUCUGAUUCAGGCCAAGUUCUCCACCAUCGACUUUGAUUUCUUAGGAUAUGCAGUUCUGCGCUUCAACCAGUACUUCAAAAUGAAACCGGAGGUGUCUGUGCUGAACUUACCCAAAUAAAAGACCCCACCCCCUCAUCUUCUCUUCCUCCUGCUCUUCCUCCCUUCCAACCUCCUCUGCGCCUCACAUGAUGACUGUAGAGCGCCCUCUUGGGGUGUAUGUAGGGAAGAGCCAAACUGAGAGUGUCCUGUUCAGUGCCUACAGGUCCCCCUACAUGUCCUUUAUCUCUAUAGAUUUAAUGGACCACAAUCUUAUCUAUCAUCUGCUGUCACACCUUUAACCAGGAGGUAACCCAAAGCAUUUGUACUGUGGGUGGGUGUGACGUAGAGACCUAAGACCUGUUAUAAUGUGAAGCCCACAUAGCUAAAUUUAUUGUGGUCAUUUCAGUUAUUCUAAUAUCAAUUAGGAUAUUAACAUGAUAUCAGUGUAUUGUAUUUGUAAGCAGCUUUUCUUAUAGCUCAAAUCACUAUAAAUACGACGUAGGUGGAAUGUCACCUCCUUCACAACCGAUACAUAGUAACCACCUACAUGACUGACAGGUGGCCCAAACACUAAUCUGAUUGCCAGGAGAUACCUUCCUCAUAUGUACAUUCAUGGGGAAAAACCUUCGAGAGCCAGCCCAGCUAACAACCAAAUUUAUAACCACAUGGAAGCAAUACAAAGCCUGCUUUGUUUGCCGAGGAACCAAGAUGAAAAAAAAAAAGAAAACAAAAAAGAAAUGCAAACAAGGAAAGGCCAGUGCUGUCCCUUAAUCCCUUGCAAAAAAAAAUCUGUGGCCUGCCUUGUGACUCUUGUUUUCACCCAUACUUUCUCCAGCAUGGGUGGUGCGCUGGAAUAGUCAUGUAGUCAUUGUUGCCGUGUAGUUUGGUGACGGCUUGUGUGUUUUGGCUUUCUAGACUGAAGGUAGAAACAUCGAGCUGUAGGAGAGCAUUUUGUGUUUACAUCUAACCUCUCCCUUGAGUUAAAUAGUUAUACUGUACUUAGCAGUUUUUUGACUUGAGGGAGAUUUUCACUGUAAUGUACAUUUCAUGUUUGUUUUGACACUUGGUUUUUGUCUACAUAUUAACUGGGGAGAAGCUUGCAACUCACUGUAAUUUGAACAUUCCAUGUUCAUAAUGGUAGACAGGAAAUUUGGUUGUAGUUCACAUGGUAAGUCAGCAGUGUUGGGGGCUUAAUUCACUGUGACAUCGACUUUACAUUGUCUGCUCCAUGUCAGGGAAAGUUUUGGAAUCAUCUUUAAUAUUACAAAACACUGCUGUUCAUACCCAAUGAACUAAUGACUGGCCAUUUUAUAUACUUAUAGACCAGUUUUCAUUCACAUGUGUGUUAUUAAGAUAAGUGUAAUUGUGUGUGCCUUGCGGACUGUCGGAUUGCUGAGCCACUGUUGGCAUUCAUCAUUUUUAGCGCCCAAUGUUGAAAUGAAGGUCUGUAGAAAAGUGGAAUUUUGUCGAAAGUGGAGUUGGUUGUCCCAACUUGGCUAAGUAAGACACAUCUUUGUUUAGUUUAAAAAAAAUAAUAAUAAUGUAAUGAAAGUCAGCUGUUAGUGGGACCUGAGGAGCAAGAGCACCAUCUGCUGUCAGUAAUGUCUUGAUAUUCAUCCUUUGACCUUCAUGUUAAUGUUUAAAAACUAAAGCAAGUUCAUCUCUUCGUUACUUUUAACAAGUCUUCACCAAAGUGCUGACAAUUGUUUUUUGCUUGUACAUAAUGCACACAGUAUCAUUUUCCAUGUAGCACAAAGAGAAUUAGAAUAACAGUUAUAUAGACUUUUUAUACUUAUUUAAAUGGAAAUGUUGAAGCUGAGGUCUUUGAGUGUGGGGAUGUUUGCUGAUGCAGCAACAGAUGACUCUUGGGCAAAUACAGCAUAUUGAGAAAAGAAUGACACAAUUUAUAGUUUCAGAAGAGCACUUGAUUUUCAGCCUCCUGAGCAAUUUAAACAUGAACGUCACAUGUAAAAUGUGGUGAAACUAGUUUUAUUGUUUACUCCAAAACAGUUUGCAAAUGACAUGUUUGCCCACAUGGUCUCUGCUGUAACAAGUUUGCAAAGCUCCAUGAAGAGACCAGAGACAAGACUGGAUUGUCCACUCCAUGUUAACACUCCCGCACAGUAGUAGGUAGCUAAGGAGUAGUUUUGAAGUUUGAAGGUGAGGCCUGUUACUUCACUUCUGUCUUUAAUUCAGUGUUGCGUGUCUUUCAUGCUGGUGAAUUAAGAAGUAGUUUGAGUCAGGCCUAAUGUUUGAAAUGUAUGUACGUUGGCUUAUAUGUGAAAAUCUUCCACAAAAGUAUAUUUGAUGCUGAAUGGUUCUGAUUAAGUUACCGGUUGAAUUGUGUUGGGGGAACAUGUUAAGAGUCUGUGUAAGAUUGUUUUCUGUUGGGUGUCCGGUUAGUACACUGUCAGACCACGCUUACACAUAACAUGCAGAAAAUCAUGCAGUUUGUCGAAUUCGACUGCCACAUAAUCAGAAAUUUCAAAAUGUUACAAAUUUUACUGCUGAAAUAUUUGCUACAGGCUUUAUUUCCCCAUCCAUGUGAAAAUGAAUACAUUUUCACUGUACAUCAUACAUAUGUCAUCUUAGUACUAAUAAUAUGAACCUCUACAUUUUACAGGUGUGCGUUUGUAUUUAACAUUGUAUAAAGUCUGUCGUUAAAUCUCUCUGGCCACUUUAGCAUAUGUUUAUAUGUACAGUAAACAAAUUUGAUAAUAUCUUUGCUUGUUCUCAAAUGUGAAUGAAUGUACAUAGCGGGAGUUCUUUUUAUUUUUUUGUUUUCUAAAAGUCGCAUUAAAGUGAAUAGUUGCCUAGGGUAAAACAUUUAAAAAAUGACUUUUUCAAUACUGUAAACAUGCUUUGAAAAAUAAAGUCUAUAUACCCUG